AUGCCUCUUGGAGAAGCGCUAGACGACAACGACGACUACAUCAUCUCCCUCCUCAAACGCGACGCUGAAGCUAAUAAGAACCAAUACCCUCUGCUUAGUGGGGGAGGUAAUGUGAGAAGACGAGCAAAGGAUGCUCCGAAGCCGAAUACAAGGUUCCUUGGAAAUCUGGUGAGGGAGGUGGACAGUCAUAAUGCUGCGUUGAAGGCUAAGGAGGAGGCAGAGAGUCGCGCGAGGUUGAGGGAUCUGAAGAGGGAGGAGCAAGGUAGGAAGGAUGGUGGUGGAGAGAGGCCGAAGAAGAAAGCCAGGACGGGUGAAAGGGAGGGACGGUGGGCGAGCGCUUUCGGUGGGCUGGGGGUGGAUGGGUCGAGGAGGGAAGGCAAGCGUUCAGAAAGGAGAAGUGGUCGAGACGAGAGAGAUGGCUCGAGGGCACGCCAGCGGGCGAAGUCGCCUCAACGAAAGACGGACUCGAGUCGAGUAAGGAAUUAUGACAAGCGAAGCCGACGCGAUGAUCGAAGUAGUUCACCAGAUGACCGCAAGAAGCGACGGCGGCGGUCCAGUUCAGAAGACGGCAGGCAACGAUCAUCAUCACCUCGACCGUCCAAGUCAAGACAUCAGAAACAUUCCCCUGAGCCCGCGCCACAUCGUUCUCGCCACCAACAAGAAGAAUCAAUCUCCGAUCUUGAUCCACCAGAACCCUUCCUCGGCCCAGCUCCCCCAACCAAGAAUCUCCCACGAGGCCGCGGAGCCUUCAAACCCUCAACAAUCGACUCCCGCUUCUCAUCGACAUACGACCCCAAAACUGACCUCAGUGAUCCUGACGACCUCGAGGCCGAAGGCGAUGACUGGGACAUGGCUCUCGAGGCUCUGCGAGACAGGAUGAAGUGGCGGACUCAAGGCGCCGCAAGGUUAAGGGCUGCGGGUUUCACGGAGGAGGAAGUUGAGAGGGCGCAGGCGAGUCGGAGCGCGGGAGAUGGUGGGAAGGGGAGGGAGAAGGGGGUUGAGGAUGUGCGGUGGGCGAAGUUGGGCGAGGGCAGGGAGUGGGAUCGGGGAAAGGUUGAGGAGGGGGAUGGGGUGGAGAUUAGAGCUGCGUGGGCAACAUGA